UUUACGUACUUUUCUUGGUACAACAUUUUUCUUUCAUUUCUUCAAUUUUGCUGAAUAAAAGCCCAUAAUGAUUGUGGUUGUUGGCAAAAUUUCGCCGACAAACUGAUCAAGAAAUCUUUGCAUUUGGAAAAAUUAUAGCCGUUGAGAUUGUAGAGUUUCUACUUUAUAAAUCAAAAUAUUUCGAUAAGCACAAACAAAAACAAAAAUGGGUUUUACUUUUUUUAGGAUUUGGAGAUUCUUUGGAGUUGUCUUAUUGCAUGGACUAUGUACUUCUGCUGAUCAAGCACCAAACUUCACCUUUGUGAAACAUGCAACUACAGCUCCAUCAAUAUCAUACUAUGACUACAUUAUUGUUGGAGGUGGAACUGCUGGCUGCCCAUUAGCUGCUACUCUUUCUCAAAACGCCACCGUUUUGCUCCUCGAACGCGGCGGUUCGCCUUACGGAAACCCUAACAUCACCGAUUUGGCCAAUUUUGGUGCUCCAUUGGCUGAUCCUUCCCCUACAUCACCCUCCCAACGCUUCAUUUCCGAAGAUGGCGUGAUCAAUGCUCGUGCGAGGGUGUUAGGCGGCGGAAGUUGCCUAAACGCCGGGUUCUAUAGUCGUGCUAGCCCCCAGUAUGUAAGGGAUGUAGGGUGGGACGGGCUACGAGUGAACCAGUCAUACCGAUGGGUAGAGAGGAGAGUUGCAUUCGAGCCUAUAAUGAGGCAAUGGCAAUCGGCGGUGAGGGACGGGCUGCUAGAGGCCGGAGUGGCGCCUAACAACGGGUUUACGUACGAUCAUAUUUCCGGCACCAAAGUUGGUGGCACAAUAUUUGAUCAUAGAGGUCAUAGGCAUACUGCUGCUGACUUAUUGGAGUAUGCUAACCCUAGUAGACUUGAUGUCCUUUUGUAUGCUCCGGUACAUAAAAUUCUUUUUAGAAUUCAAGGCAAAGAAAGACCAAUGGCUCAUGGAGUGGUAUUUAAAGAUGCAUCAGGGACUACACACAGAGCAUAUUUAAAUAGAGGGACUAAAAAUGAAAUUAUCAUAUCAGCCGGCUCACUAGGAAGCCCACAGCUCUUGAUGAUGAGUGGAGUAGGCCCUAAAGCCCAACUCAAGUUGCACAACAUAACCGUUGUCUUGAAUCAGCCCAUGGUUGGCCAACUCAUGUCUGAUAACCCAAUGAAUGCCUUAUUCAUACCCUCACCGGUUCCGGUGGAGGUUUCGUUGAUUCAGGUCGUCGGAAUCACUCACUCCGGCAGCUACAUUGAAGCUGCUAGCGGCGCUAACUUCGGCCGCGACACCACUCAAAGAGAUUACGGGAUGUUUUCUCCCAAGAUAGGUCAGCUGGCAACAGUGCCACCAAAAGAAAGAACCCCAGAAGCAAUAGCAAAAGCAGUAAAAGUAAUGGAAAGUCUUGCUGAUGAAGCAUUUAGAGGCGGUUUCAUUCUUGAAAAAAUCAUGGGUCCUAUUUCAACUGGUCAUUUACGCCUCACAACAAAAAACCCUAAUGACAAUCCCUCGGUGAGAUUCAAUUACUUCAAAGAACCUCAAGAUUUACACCGAUGCGUUCAAGGAAUUUCAACCAUAGAAAAAAUCAUAGAUUCCAGGCCUUUCUCUAGGUUUAAAUAUGAUUACAUGUCGGUGCCAACAUUACUAAAUAUGACUGCACAUUCACCAAUCAAUUUGAGACCUAGACAUUUGAACACUUCAAGAUCUUUAGAACAGUACUGCAAGGACACUGUGAUGACAAUUUGGCAUUAUCAUGGAGGCUGUCAAGUUGGGGCGGUUGUUGAUAGUGAUUAUAGAGUUCUUGGUGUUGAUGCACUUAGGGUUAUUGAUGGUUCUACUUUUAACGCCUCUCCGGGUACUAAUCCUCAAGCCACUGUUAUGAUGCUCGGAAGGUAUAUGGGAAUUAAGAUACUGAGUGAGAGGCUCGCAAUUGAAACUCCAACUAGUUGAUCAAAAGAUAUGUAGUUUAAAUGUAUGUUUGAUUUUAAAAAUGGGUUGAUUUUAAAUCAAGCUUCCAGUAAAUUUAAGAUUUUUCUUGUCAAGAAUGCUUUAUUUGAAGAAAAUAAAGACCAAUUUAUUUCUCUAUA